AUAUUUGAUCAGAUAGUGGCUGGAAAAUGUUGCAGAUGUUUGGUAUAACAGGGUUUUUUAUCAGUUCCAAUGUGUUGCUCCGUGCUCCUGAAAAGAAGUGCCAUAUGAGCAUGCUGUUCCUUAAAGUAAGCAAGGAAUAUGAAGGUAGAUGGCCAAGUAUUCAGUGUCUGGAGCAUGCAAAAGGGUUGCAAUCAUUGUUUUUGGGCACUCCUGAAAAUAAGUGGAUCCAUUUCAGUCAACAACAGUGGCCACUGUGUUAACUCAAGAAACCUGGCAUUUCCACAUGAAAGCACUUCUUCUGCAGCAAUCAACCAAAGUCCCAAACUCUUGGGUCAACCUGGCUUUGAUUUCGGGUUUCUUCCCAGCCCCAGAGCUUGUUAAUGGCACAUUGGGAGAAGUAAGAACACAUGACAAGAGUUUAAAUGAGGAAGGAAGAUGAAUGAUGGCUGGCUCUGUAACAAGAUUAUUAAAUGCACAGCACCCAUCCAACAAGGAAAAGCAGGUGGCUAUCAUGUGGCAUUAAAAAAAGCUGGCUAUGACUGUGACCUCAACAGCUUUAGUCCUUUUGGCUCUUAUUAUUUACUUAUUCUUUUUUUUUUUUAUUUGUUGAUGAAUCCCCGUAAUUAAAAAGGGAAAUCAAGAGGUGCGCCAUUC